AUGAUACCCUUAUAUUUUGUGACGUGCGAUUUCAUCUCGUUGUCUCUACAGGGUGCUGGUGGUGGCCUCGCAGCUACCGCAACGACAAAUCAUGGCAGUGCGGUUGGCAACAAUAUCAUGAUGGCGGGUAUUGUACGGCAAGUUGUCACCCUGUCGGUAUUUGGGACACUGUCUGUUCAAUUUUUUGUUCGAAUCAGAAAUACACCAAUGCAUGCGCUUUCUGUGGAGGCGCAGAAAGUCUGGGAAAGCCGAAAAUUCCGAUGGUUCUGUUGGGGUAUUGUCAUUGCCUUUGUGACAACUUAUGCCCGCUGUGUAUAUCGUAUUGCAGAGAUGUCAGGAGGUUGGAAGAAUAAAAUCAUGCAAGAUGAGGUUAGCUUCAUCAUUUUUGAGUCUGGAAUUUGUGCAGUGGCUCUGAUGGCUCUUUGUGUCGCACACCCGGGAUAUUGUUUUGAGCAGAAGCGCGGAAACUACACCAGAGCAUUUGCGGAAGAUUCCGUUCUACCGGGUCAAAAAGCUGAAAAUCACAGCAACUCCAGCAUGGCAUAG